AUGGCUGAGAGCAUACUACCCAUUGCAGAGAUGUUAACCAAGCUGCUGAUUAAGGAAGCUGCAUUUCUCAAAAAAGUGAAGAAAGAGGUGGAAUUUCUUGUAAAAAAACUCAAGGACAUUGGUUCCGAUUUGAGGAAGGCCGAUGUCAUGACCAACAGAGAAGAAGAAUUCGAUGAAUGGGUGAGCCAACUCAGAGACUUGGCCUUUAAGGCUGAGGAUGUUAUAGAAGUCUUCGUCAACAAUGCAACGCCAUAUGAUGGGUGCGAUGUUUUCCAGCUGAUCAUGGGGUGCUUCUCCCAAAUUAUAACUCUCUACAAAUUGGAAAGCGAAAUCAAUGAUAUCAACAUCAAGCUGAACAACCUUCCAGAGAGAGGCUCAUUGUUGACAAUUUGGAGUCCAGAGGAUGGUGAAACUUCUAUCCGUCAUCAAGAUCAUGAAGACCUAGCCUCAAGCAGAAGGGACGAAGAUGAUGAUAUGGUCGGGUUUGAAAAAGAAGCAAAGGAACUGGCGUUCUCGUUGAAGAAGGAAGAACCACAAGGAAAGCUUGUUGUUAUCUCCAUCUGGGGUCAGGCAGGAGCAGGUAAGACUGCACUUGCUCGAAAUAUUUACAAAAGAAGCGAUGUUAGUAGUCAAUUCGAUUGUGUUGCAUGGGUUUCUGUUUCCCCAGAGUACGAGGUAAAAGAUAUUUGGCAAGCCAUACUGAAACAAGUUAAGAAGCUCACAGAAGAAGAGAAGGAGCAGUUUCAGAAGGUGGAGGAUCCUCAUGGAUUGCUGGAUAAAGUCCAUAAUUAUUUGAAAGGAAAGAACUACCUGAUUGUUUUGGACGAUUUAUGGAAGCAAAAAGACUGGGAGAUCAUAAGCAAGGCAUUUCCAAAGUCACCCCAAAAGAAAUGCAGGGUUUUGCUCACAACUCGUAUCGAAGAAGUUGCCCGUGUUGCUAACCCAUCAACUGAUCCAGAAACACUACGGGUGUUGGAUAAGGACGAGAGUUUGAAGCUAUUCUUGAAGAAGGUAUUCGGAGGCUCUUUGGAGGAUAGUCUCUCGACUCUCUCCAAGGAAAUGGAGAAUGUAGCAAGGCUAAUGCUUGCAAAAUAUUGUGAGGGACUCCCAAUUGCAAUCGUGCUUCUAGGAGGCAUCUUAUCUGCCAAAAGGAAGGAUAUAUUUGAAUGGACUGAAAUGCUUAGAAAGUUUCAUUCAGAUUUGAUAGAAUCAAGAGUCCUCCGAAAGGUAUUUUCUCUGAGUUAUAAUGAAUUGCCAUAUCUCUCAAAACCAUGUUUCCUCUAUUUUGGCCUUUUUCCAGAGGAUAGUGUGAUCGAAUGUGACAAAUUGAUUCGACUAUGGGUCGCCGAGGGAUUUUUGGAGCAACGAGACAAUGAAGCAAUGGAAGAUGUGGGUAGAGAAUGCCUUAAGGGUUUAAUCCAAAGGAGCAUGGUCCGAGUUGUUGAUCGGAAAUCAAAUGGGGAUCCUCAAACAUGUCGUACUCAUGAUCUCGUCCGAUCUUUUAUAAUACAAGAAGCCAAGAAAGCUAAAUUUUCCAACAUCUCCAAGAAGAAACAAUUGAUUUCAGUGGUGGAAAGCAGUCGUCGAAUUGCCCUACAUCCUGAAGACAUUGACUUCUUCCAUAUUGGUACGUCUUCUGCUCCUUCAGAAUCCACUUCUGUAAAUUUGAGCCAUCCCCUUUUUUCGUUGCUGCCUUCCAGAAUGAGACCUUCCUUUGUUGAGGGAAAUCAUGAUCCGGUGGGAAUUGAAGAUGAUGCGGAUCAACUGGCAUCGUGUUUGAUAAAGGGAAAACCCCUUGGAAAGCUUGAAGUAGUUUCUAUUAUUGGUACGGCGGGAUUGGUAAGACAACCCUCGCACGCAAAAUUUACAAUAGAAGUGAUGUUAAAUCUCAUUUUUCUUGCCGUGCAUGGAUAA